UUCAACACGAAAGGGAGGUAUGAGGAAGUUAACCCUUAUCUUAUAGAGGACAUUCUUGCUGUAAACACAUCUAUCCUGCAGCCUCCAUCUGCACAAUGUCACAGAGUUCAUCUGACUGCGAUAAUAAGACACGGCACGAGGUACCCGACGAGCAAAAACGUCAAGUGAUGCAGCAGCUCUACAACAUCGUCCUACACAAUGCCUCAGGUGAAGAGAGCUGGCUGCGUGAACUCCAGACCCAGUGGAGGAUGUGGUACACCGAGGACAUGGACGGACGACUCGUCCAGAAAGGUGUGAACGACCACAAGCAUCUGGCCGUCAGGCUGUCAAAGCUGUUCCCCUCACUGGUUUCAGAGGAGAAGCUCAGAGGAGGAUUCAUCAAAUUCAUAACCAGCUCAAAGCACAGGUGUGUCAACAGCACGCUGUCCUUCAAGGUGGGACUGACAGAGCUGUGGGGUAUUACAGAUAAGGAGUUUGACCACGCAGUGAACGAUGCUCUCAUGAGGUUUUUUGACAAGUGCACCAGGUUUGUGGAGGAAGUUCUUAACAACCCCUCAGCUCUGUCAGAGGUGGACAAGUUCAAACAGGGACCAGAGAUGAGGAGGGUCACGGAGAAGAUCGCAGACCGUCUCAGGGUCCCCUACAGUGACAUCACACAAGAUUUGACUGAGGCGGCAUUUUUCCUGUGUGGUUAUGAAUUUGCAAUUAAGGCAGUGAACUCCCCUUGGUGUCAACUCUUCGAUGAGGAUGAUGCAAAGGUUAUGGAAUAUGCAAGUGACCUGAGGGAAUUCUGGACAAGAGGCUAUGGUUACGAUAUCAGCAGAAAGUCGAGCUGCAUUCUCUUCCACGAUCUGUUUAACCGACUGAACAAAGCAGCCAACGAGAGCAAGUCAGGGCAACAGGUGACGGAGGCCGUUACAGUCCAGGUCGGCCAUGCAGACACCCUCCUGCCACUGCUCACCCUCCUGGGCUUCUUCAAGGACAGCGAUGCCCUGAAUUCCACCAACUACGCCACACAGGCCCAACGCUCCUUCCGCACCAGCCACAUGUUACCCUAUGCAGCUAACUUACUCCUGGUGCUAUACGACUGCGGGGGCGGCGACUUGAGGCUGCAACCGCUGCUCAACGAGAAGCCUGUGACUUUCCCCGGUUUGACCAGCCAGCAGGCCUCCAUGCCGCUCUAUGAAGACGUCAAAGAUAACUACAGGGAGCUGCUCCAAGGCUGUGACUUUGAGACUGAGUGUCAGCUGUUCAAGAGUCCUGCUUAAGUCAAAGCAGACAGGGGAGAUCCUGGAGAAGAGGCAUUACAGUGGCUUUAUUCUCUUUUUUCUGCUAAGCAGAACAAACAUAUGCUCCUACCAUGAAAAUGUUACUGGUUGAGUUUUUCUGAAUGUUCUGCUUUUGAAAUUUAAACAUGGAUGCUGUAACCAAACAUUUUUUCUGGAGGCACUUUCGUCUUGUGAAACACUGAAUUAAAAAUGUUUAAUAAUGACUAAAUGUA